AUCGUAAUUCCAGUGAAUAAUGUGGUAAAUGCUGUAGUGCUCGUACUUAGUUAUUUUAAUAUAUAUAUAAAUUGACAGCCAACACGCGCUAGCGAGCAAAUGAGCAAAAGACAACAUAGGACAAAACGUCAGACCGUCGCCGUAGUAGUCAAAUUUUCUUACGCAUUAUUUACUGUGUGGUGCCAGUUGUGUGUCGGUGUCGGUGUCCGUGUGUCGAAAACAACGCCGCUAGACCAAAGCAAACCAAGCAGCUAUUAACAAAUUACAGAAUUACCUUUAAUUUAUUAAAAAAAAAAAAAAGAAACAAACAAAUAACAAAUAGAACACAAUAGUUGGAGUGAUUAACGAUGAGUGAGAAUCGAGCAGCAACGCCAACAAAGGAUAAUACGCCAGCCAGGCUGAAAAUCGAACAGGAAUAUAAUGACAAAAAAACUGGGUCCGGUUGGCAUCGAUACUACAAGGAAAUAUGUGAAAUUUGCGAACGCGAGGCUAAAGUGAAACUGUUUACUACACUGGAAUCGGAGCGUUCACAGAAUCGGGGACUGAACCGAUACAGGGAUGUAAAUCCCUAUGACCAUUCACGUAUUGUGUUGAAGCGCGGCAGCGUGGACUACAUCAAUGCUAACCUGGUGAAACUGGAACGCGCCGAUCGUCAAUAUAUACUCACACAGGGUCCGCUGCGGGAUACAGUGGGUCACUUCUGGCUAAUGGUCUGGGAGCAAGAAUCGUGUGCGAUUCUCAUGCUCAACAAGCUGAUGGAGAAGAAACAAAUCAAAUGCCAUCGCUAUUGGCCCGAUCAGCUGGGAGCCCAGCAAGCGCUCAAUCUGCAGGAUGUCGGCUUAUCCGUUGAGUUGGUCUGCUGCGAAAACUAUCAGAACUUUGUUCGCCGGUGGUUUAAAUUAACUGAUCUCGAAACGAAAAAAAGCCGUGAAGUUAUGCAAUUCCAUUAUACGACCUGGCCGGACUUUGGCAUACCCAGUUCGCCGGAUGCAUUUUUGAAAUUCUUGCAACAGGUGCGCGACUCGGGCGGCCUAAAGGAGGAUGUUGGCCCAGCCGUGGUCCACUGUAGCGCCGGCAUUGGUCGCUCCGGCACAUUUUGCCUGGUCGACUGCUGUCUGGUGCUGGUUGACAAGUACGGCGAUUGCAAUGUGUCGAAUGUGUUGUGCGAGCUGCGCAGCUAUCGCCUGGGACUCAUACAGACGGCCGAUCAGCUCGACUUUUCAUAUCAGGCCAUCAUCGAGGGCAUUAAGAAACUGAACGAUCCUAGCUUUCUGGGUGCCGAGGAGCCAAUCAUUAGCAAUGAUACGGAUGCACAGACACAGGAAGAGCAACCGCCACCAUUGCCGCGACGUUUGCAAUCGCUCAACUUACCACCGGCGCCCAUUACGGGCGGUGUGCUCGCUCUGGACAUGCGAGCUGCGCAGGCAAAUGGCGACAAUGUUGUUUUAGGCGAUGGCGAUGGCAUAACUGACAAGCCAGCUCUGAAUAGCAAGGAUGCGCUCAAUAACAUAAUCAAUCAGAUCAUAAAUGCAGAGGUGGCAGACAGCCUGCACCACAAUCGUCCAUUGCCGCCACUACCAAUUCCAGUGCAGCUGGAAUCGGACAGCGAUGACGAUGCGGACGACGAUAAUGAUGAUGAUGAUGAUGAUGAUGACGAGGAAUACGAGAACAUAGAUGAACCGAAAUCGGAGACAAACAAUGGUAACGUCACAAUGCUACAGGCCGACGAGGAUGAUGUCAAUGCCAACAGUGAGAAGUCAACGGCAGGCGAUCAGCACAAGGUCAAUGGCAUUGAUUUGACAGCGAGUACCGGGGAUGAGCUGAAACGGCGAAAACGCAAUGAAUACCAGGCCAGUCUGGAGCAGAAAGUCAGCGAAAUCAAGCGUAAACAGCGGGAGAACGAGGACAAUCAGCAGGCGGCGAAAAAACGAAGGUCAUUACUCACAUAUAUUGCAGCUGGUGUUGUUGUGGGCGUCAUCGCCGCUUAUGCGUACACGAAGCUAGGUUAAGUCCUUGCCACAUCCAUCAAACCAGAAAGUAGCCUGUAGAUGUAGCAAUUAUCAGCAUGAAGUGGCAGUAGCUUGACAAUGAUCCCAAUUCUGGGCAUAUGUAUGUAUCUAUAUGUAUGUUUGUAUGUAGGUCUUAUCGAGCUAACAUCAAAUGUCAGCGCGACACAAAUACUUGCACACACACACCCACACACAACAACAACAAAAACAACACAUACACACACAACACGAGUUGGACAGCGAACAAUGCGAAAAAGUCGCAUUUGUCGAAACGAUAAUGACAAUGCAUAUUAGGGAAUUUUUUAUAUUAAAACAAAAAAACAAAAACAAAAUAAAAACAAAACACAAAAAAAACAAUCGUAGGCAUUCGGUGUAGAAGAAAACCGAACCACAAAAGUAGAUUCUUGCGCAAUAGACUGACAUUUUAGAACAAAUUUAUCUUGAUACACUUAUAACAAAGAAAAGAAAACAAAAAAAAAAAAAAGAAAAAAGGAAAUGGAAGUGAACAAAACCUUAAAAUAUCGACUUGUAAUAUCCAUAUGCAAAUGCAUUUUAAUUUUGCGCUCGCUAACAAAUGUACAAUUUUUCAUUUAUUUGAUAUGAAAUAAAACGUUGCUAUCUAUAAUAUUUUAUAUGUAUGUUGUACACAUGACCACGCCCACGCUUCACUUGUUGUUGAACACUUGAGUUUCGUAAACACUUUGAAUUUGUGAGUAUCUACAAACAUAUACUGUGUUGUUAUUUAUGAAGAUUAAUUAUGGAACACUUGUUUAAAGUAUUUAACGAUAUCAACAAAAAGAGCAAACGGCAAUGAAUGCAUUAAUGUGCCAAAAACAAAAAAGGAUCGAAAGAAAAAUUUGAAUUAUA